AUGUCCCAGAAAGCGCAAUACACAUAUCUGAUGUUAUAUCUAGGGCCUGACUUCUGUUCCACGGACGUCUGCAUCUCAAGCUGCGAUUACAAAAGCGAAUGUGAUCCAGGAUGGGGUAUCCAGUGGUCUAAUGCCUCUACCUGUCCACUCAACGUUUGCUGUAGUGAGUUUGGGUUCUGCGGAACAACCUCCGAGUUCUGUGGCUCCAAGCAAGUGUCUUCCCCUUCAUGCAGCGGUACCUCAUCAGACGCUCGAACGGUCGGCUACUACGAGGGAUGGAAUUUGGAGCAUAAGUGUGACACGAUGAAGCCGUCCCAGAUCCCUCUCGGAUACUACACGCAUAUCAACUUUGCAUUUGCUUAUAUUGACCCGGAUUCAUUUCAGAUGUCUCCCAUGUCCUCUGAUGUUGCUGCUCUCUAUCAAGAUGUCACAUCUCUCAAACAGCAACAACCUGAUCUAGAGGUUUGGAUCUCGGUAGGUGGAUGGUCAUUUAACGAUGACGACCAACCUACUGCAACAACCUUCUCCGAUCUGGCAGCCUCUGAGUCGGCUCAGAAAGAGUUUUUCGCUUCCCUCAUUACAUUUCUUGUCAUUAACGGGUUUGACGGAGUUGAUAUUGAUUGGGAAUACCCUGCUGCCACCGACCGCAGUGGAAAGGCUGCUGACUACCAAAAUUACCCGAUAUUCCUCCAGAAUCUGCGAAAAGCUCUGGACGGAACAGGAAACAAAUUCGGUUUAUCCAUUACCAUUCCUUCGUCAUACUGGUACAUGCAACAUUUCGAUAUUGUUACCAUCGAUCCUGUUGUUGAUUGGUUCAACAUCAUGACCUACGAUCUUCAUGGUACAUGGGAUGGCAAUGACCCUUAUAUUGGCAAGAUCGCCCUAGCCCACACCAAUCUUACCGAGAUUGAAGAGAGUCUGGAGUUGUUAUGGAGGAAUAACAUCUAUCCCACAAGAGUUAACAUGGGCCUCGGAUUCUACGGUAGAAGCUUCACCAUGUCUGAUCCAAACUGCCUAUCGGCAGGUUGCCCGUUCUCUAGUGGCGGUAAAGAAGGUCCCUGUACCGCAUCAUCGGGCAUUCUGUCAGACGCUGAAAUUCGUGAUAUUAUCGCCGAUGGCGCGAAGGUCACUCUGGACACUGCAGCAGCCGUCAAAAUUGUGACCUGGGACAAUGACCAAUGGGUUUCCUAUGAUGAUGCAGAAACAAUGAAAACGAAAAUCGACUUUGCUAAUCAGCAUUGUUUGGGAGGAACGAUGAUCUGGGCCAUUGACCAAGACAAUACUAAUGGUACCAGUAUCGAUUUUUUGGGGUCUGACUUGAGUCGAGCCAAAAGUGAUACCUACCCUCCCGACGCCAACAGUACACUUGGUGCGGAUUAUGGAUGGAGUUAG